UUCUGUUGGUAAACUGAAGCACAUGGGCGGCAGGUAUAAGAAGCGCUGCCUCCCUUUCGGCGCAUCCAUGAGCUGUUGGAGAGCGGCGCGCGCCUUCUGGGUGGAAAUGCUGAAGCGCGGGAAGCGCGGGAAGCGCGAGCUCUGCGAGAUGAAAUCUGUGCAUGUCUGUGGGCCGACCUGCCUGGGACCCAUCACCUUCCACGCGGCGGCCAAGGGCACCAAAGUCUCUCUGAGCCUGGGGGACAGACGUGCCGAGCGAGUCGGAAACACCUUCAAGAACGGGCUGGUGUUUAGCAGUCGGCCCCUACUGGUUAAGGAGAGGGUAUGCCUGCGGGUGGACCGCUCCACCCAGCACUGGCACGGUGCCCUCCGGGUCGGAUUCACAGCCUUCAAGCCCACCUGCCAGCCCCUGCCUCCUUUCGCCAUACCUGACCUUACCAACAAACCAGGGUACUGGGCGGGUCUGGUGCCCACAGCUCACGCCUUCCUGGGCUCCGAGUUGCAGUUCUGGGUGACUUCAUGUGGGAGACUGAUGCUGGAGGUGCUGGGAAGAACACAGAUCUGUCUGCAGGAGGGGAUCGAUGUGACCGGGCCUUUGUGGGCCAUGAUCGAUGUGUAUGGACAGAGCUCUGCCGUGCUUCUGCUCGGCACAGUGAAGAAGUCCAUUUUUUGCAUUAAGAAGUCCUGUCCUACCCCACCGCCGCCUCCUGUGUCUCCCGUGGACAGCUGUCUGUGCGCCGACCAAAGCAGCCUCUGUCCGGCCAAGCUUCUAGAAGUGCAGCUGGUCCAUUUGUCCGUGUCGUACGACAGCGUGCAGAUAUCAGAUCCGGAUGAAGACUGUGUCGUGUGCUUGGAACGGAAGGCCCAGAUCCUGCUGUGGUGUGGACAUCAGUGCCUCUGCCUUCGCUGUGCGGUCAGGGUGUCCCUCGAGUGCAAGAAGUGUCCUCUCUGCCGUCAAACAGUGGAAGGCCUCACGGUGCGGGAGCCCGCCAACACCUGCGCACGAAAGUGUGUUGGGACGGAUAAGGAGAGCACGUAGCUGUGACGGUCGCAGUGAUCUGUUGGACUUUGCAAAAACUCCACACGUUUCAACUGAGCCAGCAGUUUUGCUGUUUGCUGCUUAGCAGAGUUCUUAUGCCAAAGAAUUUUUAUUUAGUGCAUGUAUCUCGCCGGAUGUUUUUUACUGCAGAGAUUCUGAUUUAUUAGGGCUCAGUGGCUCUAUGCAGGGGCCCCUAAUUUUUCUUCAAAUUCCUCUUUGUUGUAAAAAUCUGUGCCACGUGGUGCCCACUAAAUGUGACUGCUGUACAUAUUUGCACUUUAUUAUAAAGUUUAUAAGAUGUGUUUAAAAACACUAAAUAGCAGGACAACUGCUUUGAUUUACUCAAGUUUCUCUACCUCUCCUGGCUUAUAGCUGCACUCCCUCUACAUGUCAUAAUACUGGCGAACUUGU